AUGCAGGACUUUCUAAAGGACUCGAAAAGAAUUCUUAACGAUAUAGAGACAUUGAACUCGUAUACAAACAGUAUAGAUUACCUAAGCUCCCAGAAAAACAGCUCUGUCCUCAGCAAAGAGGAGGAGAAGGGGCUCAAUAACCAGAUAGAUGUGCUGAAUGAACGGUUUCGGGUACUUUCAAGGAAUAUCAAGGAAAGAAUAGACAGCUUUUCCUCAGAAACUACAGAGCUUGAGAAGGAUAGCAAGAAGGAUAGAUUCUAUCAUGAGACAAGAAAGAUCCAUCUGCAUGCUCAGUCAAAGAAGCUUACAGAGGCCAUAAAUAGAUACAGAGAGUCCCAGAUCAGGCAUCGGGAGGAUGAGGUAGAUAAAUUCCGGCUUCAAUACAUCAUUGCAAAGCCUGAUGCAACAGAGAAAGAGAUAGAAGAGUUCAUUGGAGACGACGAUGGGACAAAGGUUGCUUCUGCAUAUGCAUUGGGAGCUCAUUCUGCACAGGGGAUUCUCGAAGAGGCAGAGAAUAGAAAAAAAAACAUCAAGAAGAUAGAAGAGAUGGUCCAGGAAAUUGUAGACCUGUUAAACCUGAUAAGCCAGGAGGUUUCAAAGAGAACAGAGGUGGUUGAGGCGAUAAACGACGAUCUUAUCACGGGAGAAGAAAACACUGCAGCAGCAAAUGCCGAUCUUGAAUCUGCAUUGGCAUAUCAAAUAAGGGCAACCAGGAUCAAGAGGGUAUUUGUAUAUGGGAUUCUUAUAAUUGGACUUAUAUUUCUAAUAUACUUUACCUUCAAGACUAAUUUCUUUGGAGCCUUUGAUAGAAUUCGGUACUAUUAG